AGCACUUCAACGUACCUCUUCACUUUCGCGCCUCCAGCAGAACUAGAACCAGUGGCGAUGUCUCUUUUGUAUCUUCUGAUCGGUUUCUCGUCUCUCGCAGCAGCAUUUGCCAGCUCCGACUGUGGCGACCCGCUGUUUCGGUUGCCUCUGCAAGAUCUCAUCGGUUCGGCGUCUCUGAUUAUCAAGGGCAAAAUCCAAAACCACUCUUUCAAUGCUAGGACCACUGUCAAGACACUGUGCACAAUGAAGGGAGCGGCUCCAAGGCAAAUUUUCGUGGACGGUCUCGAUCAAUACAGACUAUGCACCUGUUGUGUGCAGGCUGGAAUGGAGGUUAUACUGUUUCUAAGAGCAGGUGAAGGCAACAACGUUUAUGCCGUCAACUACCAGGGCUUACAGGGGUCUCACUAUGAAACUGAGAUCAGAGAUCAUUUGAACUUGAAGAUGGAUCAAUGUUUAGAAACACAACAAGAUAUCAAAUCGCCAGAUACAACACCCACUCAUGGAAGGGUUGACGUGUGCGGCCAACCACAUUCCCAGCCUGAUCUGUCAGUUCCUUUGGCUACAUCAGGGUCAUUUCCUUGGCAUGCUGUGGUCUGGUUCAAAAAGCCUGGAAAGAAACUGUGUGAUGGAACUCUGAUUCAUAGUAACUGGUUACUAACAUCAGCCCAUUGCGUUGACAACGUAAAACCUAAACAACUAAAAGUGGGCCUUGGAGUAAGAAAUCACAUAGUGAAGAAAGAGGACGGUAGACAAAUCAGUAAAGUCAAGUCAAUCCGAAUCCAUCCUCGAUACAGGAACACCAGUUCUCUUUAUGACAUCGCACUCCUCAAGCUGUACCCAGAAGAAAUAAAACCCACGCAGUUCAUCCAACCAAUAUGUUUGACUGAUAUCACCUUACGAUAUGAUGCUAUUUGUGUUGUGACAUCAGCAACGAACAAAGGAUUGGAGCAGUCCAAAGUAACCAUCACUUCUCCUCACAACCCCAAAAUAGAUAAAUUCAGUUUCUGUGCUGGACUGGUGCAACCAGAUAAAGAAGGCUUCUUCUCCAAAUUUGACUCAGCACCCCUAGUCUGCCGCCAAAGCAAUGGCAGAUGGCAGCAACAUGGAAUAGCAAGUUCAGAAAAAGGAUGCACAAAUCCAAACUACACCAUCUUCAGUCGACUUGCAUUUCGAAAGAUUACAAAGUGGAUAACAAAAGCUACAGGAAAUGACCUUGUUGUACCUACACACUGAUACUGAGGCUGACCACUCACAUAUUGGCUCUCAUAUGGGGCUGAACUAUUAGCUAACCUGCAUGGACACUGUAAGACUGGUUUAGACUAGUGUGUAGAUGAAACUUUGGAUUAGGUGGAUAACAAGUUGUGCUUUAGUGAGGAGCAAGCAUGUACACUGUAUCAUUACUACUAGUACAAUAGUAUUAAUUAAUUAAAGAUACUGCAGUUGUAUGUGACGUAGGCAAUUAGCCAAGUGAGACUAAUACGAAGAUACAGAAAGAAUAGAA